CGCCUGCUGGCUUUACCUAACCAUGAUAUCUCUCCCAGGUCUCCACCUCUCCAACCCUACUCCUGAACCCCCUAGUACCGCCGAGAGCAUUGUAACUCGCACUCAAGACCUCCUCGCCUGCUCCGAGUACCGAUUCGAAGUCCCUUUCACGCGCACUUUGACCAUCAGGCUGCUCACUGGGACCGCGGAGUUCUUCGGCACCGAGCUCGCCCCAUCGUCCACCUAUACAUUCACUGGCACUAAGGGCGCCGUCUACACAUGGCGUGGCUGCAAACUUGAGAUUGGGGGCUUGGCCGAGAGCGAGUACACGAGCGAAGAGACACAGAUGAUGAGCUAUGCGAACGCGCAUUUCGCCCUCGAGAAGCUGCGCGAGAGGAGCGUACAAACGGGCGAACUGGGGCCGCGGAUUCUAGUAGUCGGGCCUGAGAAUGCAGGGAAGACGAGCGUGGUCAAGAUCCUCACAUCCUAUGCUGUGAAGGCUGGACGACAGCCCGUGGUCGUUAACCUGGACCCCCGUCAAGGCAUGCUGAGUGUACCCGGCUCCGUUACUGCGGCCGCUUUCUCGUCAAUUAUUGACAUUGAGGAUAGCUGGGGGAGUAGUCCCAUUUCAGGGCCGAGCCCGGUUCCGGUGAAGAUGCCGCUGGUAUAUCAUUACGGCAUUGCAAAUCCGGACGAGGGCAGCCUCUUCAGGCCUUUGGUGACGAGGAUGGCCCUUGCCGUCACGAGCAGGCUAGAGGACGAUAAACCCUCGAGGCAGGCUGGUUUUAUUAUUGACACUUCGGGGGCCAUCAGUCACGGGAAGGGCGGUGUUUACGAGAACAUAGACCAUAUAAUAUCUGAGUUUUCGGUCAAUGUCCUCUUCGUCCUCGGCUCAGAACGUCUCUACAGCGACUUGGCCCGCAAGUACUCGAAUCGACCAACCGAAGAAGCCGUCUCUGUCGUGCGCCUCGACAAAUCGGGCGGGUGUGUGGACCGAGAUGAGGCCUAUAUGAAGCAGCUUCGACAGGCCCAGAUACGAGCCUACUUCUUCGGACACGGCGAGAACACUCUUGGGCCUCAUAGCCACAUGGCAGACUAUGAUGAGCUAAACAUCUUCCGGAUCGUCGAUGCUGCCUCUGAUGCGAAUUCGUCCUUCCGACCGGGUAACGAUGAUGAUGACGUCUACGGCUCUACGAACAACAUCUACACGAAGGCGACUCCCUCACCGAUGAUUCAGAAUUCCCUUUUAGCUGUCACGACAGCCGCUGCAACCGACUCGCAGGAAGUCAUCCGGGAUUCGAGUGUUAGGGGCUAUAUCUAUGUUGCAGAUGUUGACGAUGUGAAAAAGAAGGUGAGGUUAUUGUCUCCUCAACCGGGCCAGACGCCAUCGAAUGCUAUCAUACUGGGUUCAUUUCCAGAGGAUGUUCCCGGUCUAGUGAGCUAAGGGAAUAGAGCAUGAGCCACCCUGGCCUGGUGGAUAGUAGGUUAUGAAAAGUUCGCUCAAAGUUUACUUAGUGUGGGAGUAGGUUGCAAGCUAGACAAAGCCAUUCACAUUAGCGGGUAUCUAGCUAUGUAGAUCCAUGUUGCGUUCAAAUAGAAUGCAUAUCUACCAAAUGUUCG